CGACCAAGAUGGCAACCCCGGUUCCUAGUACUUCUCCCGGUUCCCCAUCAGCAACUAAACAAGAAUUAUCUAUGGAGGAGGAUCAAUCUCCUAAAACAAAGGGUGCUCACGGAGACUUUUCUUUGGAAAACAACUUUUUAAGGAAUUUAGUGGACCCAAUGACUGACGAGCUGGAGAGAAGUGUGGCCAAAACUAAUGCCAUACUGGACAAGAUGAGCAGUGACUUAGAGGCUGAGAGAAAACAGAGGUUUAGAAAAAUUCUUCAUCCACAUAUUCCUGAGGAAUUACAAGGAGGAGGUAAAAAAGAAGAAGAGGUCAUGCAAUUAGUAGACCAGCUGGUGUUUUAUGAAGAGAUCAAUGAUGGACAGGAGGAAGUUGAACUUAAUGAAUCAGCCCAGCUGCAGGAUCUAGACGAGACAGCCAAACUGACGGUGACAGCCCACAGCCUGGCUGCCCACUUCACAACAUUAGAGCCUGCUGCCUUAGAACGAGCUGCAUCAAAAUUAGACUCUGACUGCAAGCUAUGGCUAUCUCGGCUCUUUAGGUUCAAGAACUCUGUUCCUGUGUACCAUGAUAAAAGGUAUGAAGGACUUGCUCGCAUUUGUCAACUAGCCUUGUACACUAAAUAUCCCAAAUAUGCCACAGAAGGGUUUGAAGCCUUAUACUCCCGCCCACCUGUUAUAUACAUCAGUGCGUCAGCUCCACCUGGACUAGGGCAGUAUCUUUGUCAACAGCUUGGGCUUCCAUUAUCAUGUACAUGCACAGUGCCUUGUAACACACACUUUGGAGCUAGUAGUAAGAUGGAUGUCGCCAUGCUAGAGAAACUCAUACAAGAUGAUGUAGCUGCUGCUAAAACUCCUGUCCUGCUGCUGGCUUAUGCAGGGACCCCUAUUGUAGGACAUGUAGAUAACUUACAGAGACUUCAAGAAAUUUCUAAGGCAAACAACAUUUGGUUGCAUGUUGAGGGACAUAAUCUGGCAACUUUAGCCAUGUUUUCUGUGCCAACAUCUGUCGAGUCAGCAACUUCUGGUGACAGUAUCACACUGGAUCUUUCUAAGUGGUUGGGUGUGCCCUCUUUGCCAUACAUUACACUGUUUAAAGAUUCUGACCAGAGUAUGACAGACGCUGCAGGUCUGACCACUGUAGAUGCCAAGCUUCAGCUGAAAUGUCUACCCCUCUGGAUGUGUUUACAAAGUCUUGGACAUGAGGGCAUGGUCAACAGGAUCAAGCACUCGUGUGAACUGGCUAAAACUUUAUUUGAUCACUUGGACAAGUUAUCUACAGUUAAACAAAUUAGUCGAGACAGAAAAAAACGAGACAAGGAAGUUAAAAACAUCAAAGACCUGAUUUCUAAGGCAAUAAGUGCUCUAGUUGUGUUUGAAAUAGUGACACCCACAGUUGUGUUUAAAUAUGCUGAGGAUGUGUUAGCACCUGGUGCUGUUGUAGCACCUUACUCUACUGUCAAAAUGGAAGAUGACAAUGAGGACAAAGAUAGUGUAUAUUUUGACGCUCUCAACACAUGGUUAGCUGAAGCUUUACAAGUGUCUAACCCUAACGUCCCCAUUGACCUGGUUGAAGUUGACAAAGAAGGAGUUUGUAUUAGAUAUUCCCCACUUGAAACAGCUCAAGUGAAGGGUACAACUAAAGAACACGUUGAACAAUUUGUAGAAUCUCUAAAAUCUAAUCUGAGUGUAUUGAAUGCUACAACUAUACAACGGAAGAGAUUCAAGUCAAUAGUCUCAAAUCACAGUAAUUUAAGCCUGGUUGAUUUGGAUUCCUGGGCCGGACUUGGAGCUGUAUGCUAUAUCCCUGAGUUGUAUAUCCAGAAAGUGGGUGAGCUGACAGAGAAGGAGAGAACUGAUAUCAACAACUUGAAUGCUGAGUUAGUGCACAAGCUCAAGGCGCAGGACACAGCUUUCUCAACAGGUCACACAGCCAAUGGCAUGGUUUGUGUACGCUUUGGUCUGAUCACCACAGACACAGAUGUGGAUGAGCUGGUCUCUCUGGUAUACAACAUUGGUAAAGACGUGGAGGAGAGCUCUAAGUUCCUGGAGUCUAUGUCAGAGAUGAUCAGGAAAGGAAUAGAGGAGGCAAAUAAGGAACUGGAGAAGGAAAAUACAGAGAAACUGUUGCAUGAGGGUGUUUUGCGCCAGGUGCCUGUAGUUAGCUCCAUCUUAAACUGGUGGUCCCCUGCUAAAGAGCAGAUCAAAGGGAGGACUUUCAACCUUACUUCUGGUAAAAUAAUCCCCACAACCGACACAUACAAGUAUCACAUGCAGCUGCAGGAAGACAACAGCUCUGCUCCAGCCUCCCCCAGGGAGGUAGCCCCACCCAAACUUCCCCAGCCAGAGACCCCACCCAAACUUACCCAGUCAGAAACCUUGAAAACAGCUGGUGAAGUAAAGUCCCAGCUGGUUAGUCAGUCUGCUGCCGGUGCCUCGUCCCCCACAACAUCACCUGAGUCACCCAAACUACUGCAGAAUGGUGGAGCAUCUCCAAUAGUGCAGGAUGUAGCAUCAAAGCCAGCCGUUGGGGGUGCCAGUGAGGUGAGUGAAGCAGACGCUGUGACCAGCUAGAAUUUCUAGUCACCACACCAGGGACAAGUUCAUGUUUUGUUUGAAGCUUCUUUCCCUUUCAAAGAACAAAAUGCAAUUCAUCACUAGGCACCACAAGUUUUUUUUCUAUUUAUUGAUAAGUUUUCCCAACUAAAACCUGUCGUAGAGGCACUGGUCAUAUACAGUUGUUUCCUUUGGUCAUUGACAUUCCAUUUUGUUUCUCACACACCAGUAGCUGAUUGUUGAUAGUUAGGUUGUGAUAAACUGCAUUUGAAAUGUAACUAACAAAAACUUUCUUCAACAGUUGUAAUAGAUACAUGUACAUAAAUUAUAAUUAAUAUAAUGAAAGAAAGAAAUUAAUAAGCUGUGAUGUGGAAGAUUUUUUUAAAUUCAUUUUUUAUUUGAAUAAAAAAAUUAAUUUAUUAAGCUAUAAAUAUAUGUAUUUAUUUAACUAUGCUGUCUGAAGUUGAAGCACUAACUUUCACUUGCAUGAAUUUACAAACAAUUGCUUUGUUGUAAAUGCAAAUUGUAAAAGACAAAAUUUUCAGAACUUUUUUAUAAUUUAGUUGAGAAAAUUGUGUUUUUUAAAGAAAUCUAAAUGUUUUUGCCUCCAAUUUAAACAAUUUUACAUCUUAUGUAUAAUUCUGUGGCUUAAUAUCAACUUUUCUAGCUUAAGUGUCAUUUCUUGAGGGUUUUCUAUCGUGUAUCUGAUUCUGGAGUUUAAAGAAGUUGCACUGGGUGAAAAACUGUUUUUGUUUGAGGGUUGAGCUGGUGGUUGCUAUGGUUACUGUAUUUUAUCUUCCAUAUAAAAAAAAACCAGGGUACGGUGGUUGAUAUCUGCACUUGUAAAUAGGCUUGUUUUCCUCAGUAUUAGCAUUCAAGCUAUUUGUACCUUCAGUCACAAUUCUUGUUAGUCGUAAGUGUUGUAUACAUCAGGGCUUGAUCACAUCUUGACUUAGGUACAUUACAUCAUGUCUUGUGUACAUCAGGACUAGUGUACAUCAGGACUAGUGUACCCCAAAAACUGAGUACACAUCAUGUCAACACCAUAUUAGAACUGUUGUAAUAGACUCUGUGUAUGGUUGAUAGAUUUCCUCCCCAACCACCAGCAGUUGCUGCUUCCAUUCACAGCUUCAAGUUUUUUUGUCUGGCUACACCAGGGUGUAAUUUUUUUAACAUAGACAAAGCUAAGCACAGGGCUUAUAAGAUAUCUGAGCUGGUUGCAUAAUAAUUAACACACUUUUGGGUUGUUUUUUUUUUAGCUCUCCAAAUAAUAUGUUUUGUCUGUUUGGUAUACACAUUUUUUAUUCUAGUAAGACAAAAAUUUUUAAUUAAUACUAACACUUUUUACUGAACUUACAACCUGAGUGAAACUGGAAUUUGUGAUAAGACUAGUGCGGCUGGCCUGAGUUUCUGUGAUGAGUUUAUGCAACCUGUCUCUGUAAGAGUCAGCGCCCAGACAUCUGCUGUGGUACCCAGUAUUUUACUGCUUUCUUUAUGUCAGUAUUGUAUUAUUUUUUUGAGGUGUUAUUAGUAUUAACCAUAAAUAUGCAAGAUCAUUAAUUAUUUUUAAGUAAGACAUAAUAUGGUGGCAUAUACUUCUGUGUUGGAGGUAGUAUUGAGUUGUUUCAUUUGGCAGUUUGUUUUGGUGCUGUUAUGGUCCAGUCGUGUGGUGCUAGGCCUGACAUUCUGAUGGUCCAGUCUUGUGGUGCUAGGCCUGACAUUCUGAUGGUCUAGUCUUGUGGUGCUAGGCCUGACAUUCUGAUGGUCCAUUCUUGUGGUGCUAGGCCUGACACUUGAUGGUCUAGUCUUGUGGUGCUAGGCCUGACAUUCUGAUGGUCCAGUCUUGUGGUGCUAGGCCUGACAUUCUGAUGGUCCAUUCUUGUGGUGCUAGGCCUGACAUUCUGAUGGUCCAUUCUUGUGGUGCUAGGCCUGACAUUCUGAUGGUCCAUUCUUGUGGUGCUAGGCCUGACAUUCUGAUGGUCCAGUCUUGUGGUGCUAGGCCUGACAUUCUGAUGGUCCAUUCUUGUGGUGCUAGGCCUGACAUUCUGAUGGUCCAGUCGUGUGGUGCUAGGCCUGACAUUCUGAUGGUCCAGUCUUGUGGUGCUAGGCCUGACAUUCUGAUGGUCCAUUCUUGUGGUGCUAGGCCUGACAUUCUGAUGGUCCAUUCUUGUGGUGCUAGGCCUGACAUUCUGAUGGUCCAGUCUUGUGGUGCUAGGCCUGACAUUCUGAUGGUCCAUUCUUGUGGUGCUAGGCCUGACAUUCUGAUGGUCCAUUCUUGUGGUGCUAGGCCUGACAUUCUGAUGGUCCAUUCUUGUGGUGCUAGGCCUGACAUUCUGAUGGUCCAGUCGUGUGGUGCUAGGCCUGACAUUCUGAUGGUCCAGUCUUGUGGUGCUAGGCCUGACAUUCUGAUGGUCCAGUCUUGUGGUGCUAGGCCUGACAUUCUGAUGGUCCAUUCUUGUGGUGCUAGGCCUGACAUCUUGAUGGUCUAGUGUUGAGUUCUAAGCCUGACAUCCUUAUACUAAGCUACUAUGUAACCUCCAUCCACUGCCUUUUAUUUUAUUGUUUUUUUUUUGUGCCAGCUCAUGUUUUAUUUUAUAUUUAUUUUGUACCAGCAUACCAUGUACAUAAUGAGGGACUAUUCACUAUCCUGGUAUGUUUUGCUAUUUAUUUCAUUGCUUUUUUAAUGUGACUAUUUUCUUCCAGCAAAUCCAAAACAAUGACUGCCAAAAUUAAUAGAAUCCUUCAAAUGUGUUUUUCAAAUCAAAUUUUUAAAAAUUAAAAAGCUUGAUUCUUUUUCACAUUACAUUUUUAUUUCUUGUACCUUUGUUUCCCUUACAUCAAAGGAUGAAAUAUGUACCUAUGUUUUCUAUAUAACAAUGAUGACUUAUGCAAUGAGUUUCCUAGAAGUGUUUGACCAGAGGAGUCUGUGAUAAACAUAAUUUUUUUUAAUGCUUGUUACAACAGCCAUUCACUUGCUUCUUUUUGAUACUUGUGUUUUUUUUAUACUGCGGGAUUAUUGUUUUAAAGCACUGAAUGUGGGACAUACACAGAUUAUGGGUUUUGUCAGAUUAAUGUGGAAUGUUUUUAGUUGGGGGUGAGUGAAGUCAUUCUGAGAUUUUAGUACCUUUUUUUUGUCUACAAAUAUAAUAUUUAAUCUAAGAAAUAAAAGUGAUUUUUUUUUUCCUUUUGGAAAAGAUAAUGCCGUUUAAUUGUAGUUCUUUUUUUUUAAACAGUGCUGUAGAACUAAUGAGAGUUGUAUUGAUGAAAGAGAUGUUCUGUUAGUGUAAGUGGAUUGUGUUUUAUCAGUGGGAUUAUCAUGUUCAGUUUGGAUCAAAUAAACCUUUGAAAAUAUU